GACGAACUCCGCAGUACCUGUGUAACAUUACAUGCAUUCAGUGUGAUCAUGCACAGACCUUCACGCUAUGACCGGGACCUAUGUGCUCAAUGCACCUGUUAGGCACUGUGUACACAAGGAACUUAAUUAAGGAAGAUCCGUGAAAACAGAACUAAUACGACAGAAAUGAAACUUGCCGGGUGAAAACACACUGCGUUUCCUUGUUAGUUAAUAUUUACCACAGUUUGCGGUUUUCAUGCCACAAAACAACAUCGCGCAUAGAAUAGAAGGACAGUUGAGACUGAGAGUGUACUGGUGGGAACAAACGACGCAGUUCUGCCGUAUCUGCUCGACUCAUCGUUCAGUAAGCUCCUUCUUGUUGUGAUCCUACCACUUCACGGCAACAAGUACGGUCCUCUCAUCCAUUUAUCAGAGAGGGCAUGCGUCUCAUCACAGAGAUAAUAACAAUGACCAAACACACUUUCUUAUUCCUGACUCUGAUUUUGUUGGUGUUCCUGUGUCGUGGGUCCUUAUCGCAACUCCGUGACGACGAACAUGAGUGUGACAGUGCGCAACACCGAUGCUGGUAUAUCGAAUAUGUGUCAGUUCGAACGACGACCACAAGAAGACCUUGGUGGUGCCUUUUCCUCUGUCGUCGAGAGUACUCUGAAUAUAGAUUGGUGAAGCAAAAGACCUGCGAGUGCUGUCCCGGAUGGACAAUGCAGGGAGGAAAUUGCGCAGAAUGCGAGACGGGACACUACGGCAUACACUGUGCAAAGACAUGUUCGUGUGACGGUGGGGGAUACAAAUGCGAUCGGAUAUAUGGAUGUGUCAGUGAACAACUCGACGAUAGAAACUGCACUCUUGUAGCAAGUGACAGUGGUGUGUGUCCCGACUGUGGCGGUGAAUGCAUCAACGGGCAACGAUGCAACCACACCACCAAUGUCUGUGAGUGUCCGCCAGGCUGGAGGGAUGAUUCGGGGGGUAUCUGCAAUUUCUAUGCCGGGUGUCCUGAUGGUAAGUAUGGUGUGGACUGCGACAAGCAAUGCCAGUGUGAGAACAACGCCACUUGCGAUGUCCUGACUGGACACUGUGACUGUCCAGCUGGUUGGAUGGGCUUGAACUGCAGUAACAGCUGCGGACCAUCGAAGUACGGACGCAACUGCACCAAGACGUGCAUAUGUCCUGACAACGCUUUGGAGUGCAACCGUAUUGAUGGCAGCUGUCUAUGCCCACCUGGGUUCUACGGAAUGAAUUGUUCUGUAGAGUGUCCGGACGGUUACUACGGAAGCAAUUGUCGACACAACUGCAGCUGUGAUGAGCAAAUUGAGACGUGCAACCCAAUCAAUGGAACUUGUAUCAUAAAGGAAGCAGGCCUACCAACCCCAACGCUUGGUUCAGAGCCAGAUGAUCCUGGAGGCCUAAGCUCUUCUGUAACGGGCGCCGUGAUUGGUGGAGUGAUAGCGGGUAUCUUUGUAUGCGUGUUGAUUGUUUCACUGCUCUUCAUCCGACGCAGGCGCAAACAAGCCACGAAAAAAAGGACUGAUGACAAUCUCCCCAUUUCGCCUGAGGUGCAUUAUGAAAAUGCAAAAGAUGUCAAUGAAGAGUGCACUGAGCUUGAGGGAAAACAUCACCAUGACAACUCCUACGCAAUGGCGUUCCAAUCUCCUCCUCAACACUUCAACGUUGGUGGCGCUACCUACGCCAUGUCCAAUCCGCAUGCGCAGCGGGAAGCUUCCGAUGAGUUCAUCGACCCGACUGAAGAAUACAGCCAUCUCGAUCGCGCCUUGGCCAAAUCACCAAAGACAAUUCCUGACGAAUGCAACGAUUACAACGCCCUUGGAGCAACUGCCGCUGAUUCGGAUGGUCAGUACAGUCACCUGGACCGAGGUCAAUGGUCAGGGAGCGUGCGCAGUGCAGAAGACUGCGGAGCUGUGCUCCAACCUGUGGAGCAGGGAGGAGAAUAUAGCAACCUCGAUAGCAAAGGGAGGCGGAGUCAAGACCAUGGCAAUCAAUACGAGGUUGUCGCUGUUGAAUAAAAUGAUAUGAAACCACCGAAAACCGCACAUGCAAAAAUAUUUUAGGCCGUACUUCUGAAAUUUGGCACAAUCAGCCCGAUUUUUUAAGUGAUUGUAUACCCAUUACGUACGAUACCAUGAUUAUAACUUUGAAAACUAAGACAAAAAUCCGUGGUAUUUAGUUUAAUUCGAUAUUAAGCAAUACGAUCUUUCCGGAGAUUUCUAAGAAUUCCAAGAACAUUAAUUCAAAGAAUUCUUUGCACAAGUAUUUACAAAUUUUACACCCUCCGAAACCCAAUCCAGUCUGCCAUUUUGGAUCCGAGAUUUGUCCCAAUGUUGGGAACAUUUUUUAGGGAGUAAAUGUAAUCAUAUUUUACGGAUGGAAUUUAGACUAGUACCUUUAAUCUGUGAAAAAAGGGUAAGCGAUCAAAUGUAUAUACGCUGGAAUGAUUACAAUAUACUUGCAAUCUGCCUACUAUUAAAGUACAUGUAUUAAGAACAUUUUUUUUUGCCAUUUCCACCUAUAGCCUUUUGCAAUGUAUUUGACUACAUGUAUUUUGUAUAUAUUUUGCUCAUUAUUAUACUACAUGUAUUUUGUAAGUUUACUGAAGGCACUGGAUGCAGAUGAGAACUGUUACACUACAGCUGCCAUGUUGAUUUUAUCUAAUGUACAGUACGCAUGAAGAGAAAAGAGAAUUAAUGCGCCGGAAUAUUCCAUUGGACCACUCUCCCAGCUAUUACCUCACAAAACUCAGGAAUAGCCAAAAAAAUGGAACUGACGACUGUUGUUUUCAUUGUUAUGUCCGCCGAACAAGCUACAAGAAGGAUUUCCAAAAAUUGCCUGAGUUAUGAACUGAAUUGUUAAAUAUAAAACCAUGGGACCGUGUCUUUGCGAUAUUGGUGAAAUCUAGAAUUCGUACAAAUAUCGCUCACCGUUAAACCUCCUCCCUAAAUUCAAUUAUUUGUUAAAAUGUCAAAGCCAUGUUUCAAGCAAAUGAAAAUUAGGAUAUACAGGGGGAGUCAAAAAAGCGGAACCCAAACCCCAACAUUAUAUUUCAUAAUAAAAAAAUGUACGUAGCAGCAAAAAUAAUGACAGGAAAGCCAAUUUCUUAAGCUACUUUUAGAUGAAAAAAAUUACUGAAAUUGCUUAAUCCG